GGAAACGGCAUCUGGUCAAAUAGGUUUAUUUGAUGUUGGUAAGGCUACUAGUAUGUAGUCAACUGCGACUGCUUGUCAACGAUGGCUUUCGGUGCAACCUUUCACAAGAUACAAUGUCAGAUGGUAACACCCAAACCUAAGUCAAUAUCAUCAUCUUCAUAAAUAAGGUCUUGUCGCUAGGAUGGACUAUGACGCGUUACAACGGAGGAGAGAUGCAGCUGCGCGCAGGAUACAGGCCGCUUGGCGUGCAUACAAGGGCCGGAAGGCUUUCCUUCGGCUUCGGGAUGCUGCCGGAAGAAUCCAGGCCGCGGCCAAGGGCUGGUACGUACGCAAGCAGGUCCAGGAGCAGCGGGGCCGGCAGGAGCUAGAUCAGCGCUUCAACGCGGUAAUGGAGCGGCACCGGGAGAAGAUCAGGGUGUUGGAGCUUGAGAAGCGCGCGCUGCAGGCGCUGCCGGGCGCUGAGAUGGCGGAGCGGGAAGCUGUGCGUGUGGCGGCGGCCGUGCGCGUGCAGGCGGCGUGGCGCGGGUGUCUGGCCCGCAGGCGGAUGGCGCAGUCACCGGAGCGAGCCAGGAGAGAGCAGGCCGCCCGACGCAUCCAGUCCGCCUUCAAACAAGCCCUCCUGGCCCGCCGCUCCACUGCUGCCCUCUCCAUCGCCAUCCCCAACUCCUCCUCUUCCGUCACCGCUAUCGCCGCUGCAGCAGCCCUGCAGCAACAGCAAUUGCUUCGUGCCAGCGGCGCAUCCGUACUCCUAGGCAGCCCCCAGACCUCCGUUGUAGGGGGCGGCCGCAGCCGCAGCCCUUCGCCUAGCCCCAACCACCUACGUGGGUCCUCGUACGCCGACAUGCCACAGCAGAAGCAGCAGCAGGGCAGGGAGCAAGACACGGGCGCAGGGGUUCUGGCAGCUCGUAACAGUUCGGUGAUCGGUCCCCGGCGUUACAAGGAGCUGAAGGCACAAGUGGAGGGUAAACUCAGUGCUUACGUGGCACUUGCGCGCCACCGAGGACCCGGGUCGCGACCCAGGACCGACCCACGGGUCACCGACGCCCGCUUGGCUGCGCUGCUGUCCGCACAUGCUGCCAGCUCGGCGGGCCGUACGACAGAGAUCCUGGAGCGGCAGCGGAAUCUGGUGGCUGUGGACUGCCUGUGUGUGCAAUUGGAACAGGUGCGCCCACUGUCCGAGCUGCCCCCAGGUGCCGCACCCUCCGACUUCCCCCGUCCGGCGCGGGGGUCCGAGCGGGCGGAACGGGCUGCUGCCGCGCAUGCACUGGCGCUGGCUGAAGCGCGGGCGGGGGGGCGCUGGUGGGACCACCUCAAGGGACUUAACACACAGGCCGUACAAGACGCUCUGCAGGCGGAGGAUGAGGAGCAGUGGGACGCCCUGGACGCACGUUGGCGGCGGAGCUGGAAGCAGCUGGAGGAGCAGGAGAACCAGCGGCCGGAUGUGGUGGAGGAGUUGAGGGCCAUGCGGGCGGGUGGAGGGGCGGCGGCGGUGGCGGCGGCGCGGCGGGAGGCGGCAAUGCAGGCGAAGCAAGACGAGUACUUCACUCGAUCGGCAGCAGCGGCG